UUCUACAUUUAAAAUUCGAUUGCCGACCGACACAUUCAUUACUCAAAAAAGAAAAGAAAAGAAAAGAGAGGAAAAUACUCACUUUUUAUUUAAUUAAAAUAGUCACUUGUUACUUGCCAACAAAUAAUAUUUUUCUUAGUACAUAGGGAAAGGGGAAAAAAGAGUAAAUUCUGUGCCGGAGAAAAAAAAAGAAUCCAAUGACAUAAAUAAAAGUCUUGAUAGGUGGGCGAUUUCAACAUACCUCCUCCGUCGUCGUCGGCUUCCAUUGAUUUUGGCACUACUACAAGAGACUUACGUUCUUCUUCAUUAUCUUCUUCUCUUUCUGAAACCCUAAGAUUUUUGGUUGGAUUGUCUUGUCGUUCUACUGUUUUCCUUAGCUGCUCUUCAAGGUGAAAUUGGGUUUCUGUAGCUUUUUUUCUCCGGGAAAGGUUUUUCUUUUUUGAAGAUUUCAUGCAAAUGGAGGCUAAUGACUGUCAAGAGGAACAUAAGUUCACUCUCGACAACUAUCAUGUCGUGGAGCAGGUUAGAAGAGGCAAGUCCUCUUCCGAUUUCGUGGUUCUUCAUGAUAUUGAAGACAAAAAGUAUGCAAUGAAGAAGAUUUGCCUAGCGAAACACACGGACAAGUUAAAGCAAACCGCUUUACAAGAGGUAACUAUGUGACUUUUAUUAGUUGAUCUUUUGAAUCUUCAAUCGUUAUGUUAACUAUGCUCUUUAAAUUGGGGAAGACAUUUGACAUAUCUUUGUAUCAGUUAUUUUAUUCACACAUGUAUUAGCAUAUGAGGUGAUAUUUAUAUCUCUAGUUAUUGUAUUGAUUCUCGGUGCUCAUUUGUUUCUACGCAUAUGGUAUUCAUUUGUUUUUGAUAUUCGUCUCUCCAUUAUUCGAGCAAUGUAUUAACCUGAUAACUUCAGAUUAGCAGAGCUGUUAUAAAUUAUGAUCUGAUGAAAUUGCUCUCAAGCUUAAAGAAUCCUUAUAUCGUGCAUUAUGAAGAUUCUUGGAUUGACAAUGACAAUAAUGCCUGCAUUUUUACUGCUUACUAUGAGGGAGGGAACAUGGCUAAUGCUAUUAAGAAAGCGAGAGGAAAAUUAUUCCCGGAGGAAAGAAUCUUUAAAUGGUUGGCACAAUUGUUACUGGCUGUUAACUAUUUGCACUCAAACCGUGUAGUUCACAUGGAUCUAACGUGUUCAAAUAUUUUCCUGCCGAAAGAUGAUCACGUCCAGCUUGGUAAUUAUGGUCUGGCGAAACUUAUAAAUCCAGAAAAGCCUGUUUCCAUGGUUUCGGGUAUCUCUAACAGCAUGUGCCCUGAGGUAUUAGAAGAUCAACCAUAUGGAUAUAAAUCUGACAUAUGGUCGCUGGGUUGUUGUAUGUAUGAAAUUACAGCACACCAGCCUGCGUUUAAAGCUCCGGAUAUGGCUGGACUCAUCAAUAAAAUAAACAGAUCCCUUAUGUCUCCUCUUCCGAUCGUCUACUCCUCUACCUUGAAACAAAUGAUAAAGCUUAUGCUUAGGAAGAAACCAGAAUAUCGGCCAACAGCCUGCGAAUUGUUAAGAAACCCAUCUCUACAACCAUACCUUCUUCAAUGCCAAAACCUGUCGCCUAUUUAUCUUCCGGUUUUCCCGAUAAAGCCGGUAAAUAGUCCGAAGGAUAAAGCAAGAAGAAACUCAUUGCCAGGAAAGUUUGGAAAGGAAAGAGUUUCAAGAGAGAAGAGCGAGGUGUCCCGCAGUUUGGAAAAUCUAUAUCCAUUUUGGACGAAUACAGAGACUGGAUCUAGCAGCUCAUCGCAACCGGCAUCAUCUACGAAUGGCGCAGAAGACAAACUUGAAACAAAAAGAAUCGAUCCAAGCUGUGACACAUUGAAGAUUUCUGAGUUUACAAGCCAGAAGUCGGAUGAGAGCUUAAUUGAUCCUGAUAUUGCAGUUUACUCUACAGAAACGCCAGCCGAAGAAAAUGCUCUGCCAAAAGAAACUGAAAAUAUAUUCUCUGAGGAAUCUCAGUUACGUGAUGUUGAUGUUGGGGUUGUGAGUGCACAAGAAGUAGCAUGUUCCCCUCCAAGAGCCAUCGAAGAAGCUGAAACUCAGGAGGCAUUACCUAAACCAAAGGAACAGAUAACAGUGCCCAUUUCUAGUGUUGCACAUUCAUCUACUGAAGUUGCAGCAGCAAAAGACCAUUUGUCUGGAAGCCUUGAGGGCGAUAAAGCAAAGAUGGUGAAACUAACAGCGAGUGAAAUGUCAUCGGUACUAAGUAAGCUCACAAAAUUGGGUCCGCCGCAGAGUAAAGAAAGGGCAGAUGCAUUAGAGUGUUUAUUGGAGAAAUGUGCAGGGCUUGUAAAGCAAGAGAAAUAUGAAGAACUUGCUGGUUUGCUUACACCAUUUGGGGAAGAUGGUGUCUCGGCUAGGGACACUGCAAUUUGGUUCGCAAAGACACUCUUGUCGUCUGACAAACUCAACCAAGGAACCUGAUUGAGUUAGAGACAAAUUUCCCUUUUUGGUUUUUGUCAAAUAUGUAAAAAAAUUCUUUUAUCAUC